GUGCACACGGGCUUGGGGGCUGAAGGAGCUGUCGUGGGCCCUUCUGAAGGUUUCCGAUGCCAUGGCACAGAAGUUAAGUACAUGUGGGGUCCUUGGAUGCCCUUGAGAGGAACUGCUGAAAGGAUAUCACUGACCAGGGGUUUCUCUGGUUGUUUUCAGUUGGUCCAUUAUAAAAUUUGACAAGGUUGCGGCAGAGGUGAGCAAAACGGUUGAGAUCUGCCGACCAGCUUCGGUGACGAGGACUUGUUAACUUGAAAUGAGACUGCAAGGGGGCUCGGUACUAUAGUGAAAUGAGGGGAGUGGUGAGAACCACGCUUCUCGCUAAGGCCGCACUGGCAUAGGGAAGGGAAUCAAAACUGGACUGCAGUGAAUUUAGAGCCUAUAAAGGAAAAUACUGCUUAUUUCAGAGUGGUGUGUUGCAGAAUUCAUUGCUGCACGGGAUCAAGAUGCAUCUUCAUGUUGGAGCAUUUAAAAUGGCUGGAAAAUUACAUGGACACACACUGUGCUCAUCUUGGGCCACAACCACUGAGUAAGAAAUGUUGCUUUGCUUUGCCUAAAGGAGCCAGGAAAGCUUUGGCACCUGGCUGCAAAAUGCUUCACUACUGUUGCGGUUCCUGGCGUGGUCGUGAAUUCUCGGAGUACCGGCAGCUUGGAGAAGUGCGUAGAUUGGACCACCGAUCUAACACGCUGAAUACAGACUGGAACAAAUAUGAUGAUCGGUUGAUGAAAGCAGCUGAAAGGGGAGAUGUGGAGAAAGUGUUGUCGAUCCUUGCCAAAAAGGGAGUCAAUCCCACUAAACUGGAUGUGGAAGGGAGGUCUGCGUUUCAUGUUGUAGCAUCAAAGGGAAAUCUAGACUGCUUGAAUACCAUUCUUCUACACGGGGUUGAUAUCAAAGCCACUGAUGCUGCAGGGAGAAAUGCAUUGCACCUAGCUGCGAAAUAUGGACAUGCUCUUUGUUUGCAGAAGCUCUUACAGUUCAAUUGUCCAACUGAAAAUGUGGAUUUGCAGGGCAGGACUGCUCUUCACGAUGCAGCGAUGUCGGACUGUUCCUCUGGCAUACAGCUACUUUGUGAUCAUGGAGCUGCGGUGAAUGCCAAAGACGGGGAUGGGAGGACACCACUGGUGCUGGCCACUCAGAUGUGUCGUCCAAGCAUAUGUCAGAGUCUGCUGGAUAGGGGAGCUGACCUCAAUGCCAGAGACAAACAAAACAGGACUGCUCUAAUGUUAGGCUGUGAAUAUGGCUGCAGGGAUGCAGUAGAAGUUUUGCUCAGAAACGGUGCGGAUGUUAGUUUGGUUGAUGCCCUUGGUCAUGACUGUACUUACUAUGCCAGAAUUGGUGACAAUGUUGACAUUUUGGCCCUACUAAAGACUGCCAUUGAGGACUCCAACAAAGUGAGGGACCUCACGAAGAAAGGGCAGCCUGAACAGAAGGUAAGGCUUUUCUGUGCCAAAUCUCUGAUUUUCUUUGCUGAUUAUAGAAGAAGUUUAUGCCUGUUACUGCCACUCCAUCGAAUGCUACUAGACAGAAUCAAUGGACUUCAGCUACAGCUGAAUGAGGAGCAAAUGGUUGCUGAUGAUCUUGAAAAUGAGAAAGAUGAGCUGAGGAGACUUCUGACAGCCAAGGAAAACCAGCAGGAGGAGAGCCUAAGAACUAUUGAAACUCUGAAAUCUAAGCUUAAGUACUAUGAGGGUGACUACAUGGGGUCUGGAAGCAAUUUUGGCAACAGGAAGGAAGAUAUGCUGCAUAAACAGGGUCAAGUAUUUGCUGCAGAAUCACAGACGAGGUCUAUGCUGAGGCCACUGGAGCUUUCUCCCCCCAACCAAUCCUUCACAUCUGAGAACGAAAUUCUAAGGCGAGAGCUCGACAACUUGAGAGCUGCCUAUGGUGCCGCAAAAGAAGAAACGAGCAGACUUCAGCGAGAGCUGUCUCAUAAGGCAGCUGAAUGCAAAGCUUUGGCACUGGAAUAUGAGAGAACCAAAGUGGAAUCGGAUGGGCAGAUAAAGCAGUUGGAGGAUGCUCUGAAAGACGUGCAGAAGCGAAUGUUCGACUCGGAAGGCAAAGUCAAGCAAAUGCAAACCCACUUCCUUGUGCUGAAGGAUCACUUGACUAACGAAGCCGCUACAGGGAACAGUAAGCUAGUAGAAGAGCUGAAGGAUCAGGUGAAAGACAUGAAAGCAAAAUAUGAAGGAGCCUCCGCAGAAGUAGGCAAGCUAAGGAACCAGAUCAAGCAGAACGAGCUGCUGGUUGCAGAGUUCAGGCGAGAUGAAGGGAGGCUGGUGGAGGAAAACAAGAGGUUGCAGAAGGAGCUUGGUAAGUUUGAGAUGGAGCGAGAGAAGAGAGCCAGGAACGUCCUGGAGGCCGAAGGGCAGCUCAAAGACAUGGCUGCGAAGCUAGCCCUCUCCGUGCCUGCUGAGAAGUUCGAGGCGAUGAAGAGUUCGUUAUCAAACGAAGUGAACGAGAAGGUGAAGAAGUUGGCAGAGAUGGAAGGAGAGAAUGGAAAGCUGCAGGCAGAGUUUUGGCUUUUAAAAAGAGACCUUGAGAGUCAGAAAGUGAAAUUGGUUCAGCAUGUGAAGCCGGAGGAACACGAACAAAUGAGGCGCAGACUUGAGCAAAAAAAUGAGGAACUUGGGAAGACCGUUUCCGAAGCGAUGUCAAAGAACCAGUCUCUGCAGAAGGAAAUGGAGAGGGUUCAUGUGGACAACAAGCUGCUGAAGCAGCAACUACAAGCACUAAAAACAGAGAUUAAAAGCCAAUACGUGCCAUUAAAACUGAUGGAAGAGGUGAAGAGAGCCAACGAAGUGACCGUGGGUGAUCUGACCAAGAAACUUUCUGAAGUCACGCAAAAGUACAGCGAGAACAAAGCAGAAGCAGAGAAGUUGCUGGCAGAAAAGACCAGCUUAAGUCAGAACGUAAGUCACUUCCAGGCUGUGUACCUGUCCCCAGAACAACACGAGAAAGAAACAGCAGCCUUGAAAUCCAGCCUGGCUGAAGUGAAGAGGCAGCUUGCCGAGGCUGUUCACAAAUGUGACAGCGAGCGAGCAAAAGCGUGCAAGCUGGCAUCGGAAAAUACCGCUCUGAAAGAUGCCAUGAGGGAUCAGUACGUACCAGUCGCAACACAUGAAGAGAUUAAAACAAUCCUGAACAGCACGUUGGAAAAGACGAACAAGGACCUGUCAGAUCUCAAGGGAAAAACCGAAGAGAUAAAGCAAGAAUUCGUGAGAGUCAAUGAAGAGAAUGGAACUUUGAGAAACAAGAUGAAGCUCCUGCAAACCCAAAUCCAGACAGAGUACAUCAGUGGAAAAGAUCACGAGUGUCAGGUGUCGGGCUUGAACAAAAGCCUGCUCAAGCUUCAGGAAAGCAACGCUGAGCUGAUGGCUAAGUAUAAGAGAGGCCAAGAGGAGAUCUUACAGUUGCAUGCAGAAAUUGAAGCCCAGAAGAGAGAGCUCGACACAAUCCAAGAAUGCAUCAAGUCCAAAUAUGCUCCGCUCUCCUAUUUUGAGGAGAAAGAGCGAAACUUUGAAGCUGUGGUGAAAGAGCUAAAAGAGCAGUUGCUAGACCAGACGCAGAAGCGCCAAGAACGUGAGGAGGAGACCCAGAGGUGUAAAGAGGAGAAUGAAAAGCUAAGGAGUAGGUUUUUGUCCAUACAAAAUGACCUGCAACAGAACUAUGUUCUGGCUGAGAAAUCCCAUGAAAUGGAAAAAAUGUUCACCGCUAAAAUGGAAGAGCUGAGCAAGCAGCUGAGAGACUUGCUGCAAAAAUACACCGAUGUAAAGCAGGAGAAGGACAAGCUGCAAGAGGAGAGCCUGAAGCAGAUCUCGGAAGCCCGUGCCAUGCAAAGUCGUCUACAGGGCCAGUAUGUUCCAGUGAAGGAGUUUGAAGGCUUGAAGGAGAGUCUGGGCCGCGCAGUUGAGGAUCUGAAAGAAGACCUCGGUAGAAAGAAGGCAAGUUAUGACAGAGAGGUGCAAAAAGUAGCCGAACUGCAGCAGGAGUUAGCAGAUCUAAAGAAUUCCUCGAUACCUUUGGCAGACCACGUGCAGGUGAAGGAAGCGUUGGAGCGAGAAAUCUUAGCAAUCAAAAUGACUUUGAAAGAAAAGGAGGGGGAGAACCAAGGAAAAAGCGAGGAACUCUUGAAACUCCGGUUGGAGAUCCAGAGUGCUAAGCAAGCCUUAACGGACCUGGAGAGCAAAGAAGUAGUUGAUAUGUCGGAGUAUAAAUCCAUGAGAAGUGCUCUAGAGACCCAGAUUGCCAACGUGACUGAGAACUUGGCCAGCCUGACUAAGAAAUAUGAGGAAGCAUGCGAAGAAGCCUUGCAAGCCAAGAAGAGUGAGCUGUCUUUGAAAGAUGAAAAAGAAUUGCUUCAAUCCCGGAGUUCCAGCAUAGAGCAAGAAAUCAAAGACCAGAAAGAGAGAUGCGAUAAGUCUUUGACGACCAUUAUUGACUUGCAGAAGAGAAUACAGGAGUCUUCAAAGCAAGUGGAAGCAAAGGAUAACAAGAUAACGGAGCUGCUAAAUGAUGUGGAGCGGCUGAAGCAGGCUCUGAACGGCCUGUCUCAGCUCACGUACACCAGCGGAGUUUCUUCAAAGAGGCAGAACCAGCAGGUUGAGAUGCUCCAGCACCAAGUGAAAACCCUGCAGCAGCAGCUGGCUGAUGCUAAAAGACAGCACCAAGAGGUGAUUGCAGUUUAUCGGACCCAUCUUCUCAGUGCUGUGCAGGGUCACAUGGAUGAAGACGUCCAAGCCGCGUUGCUUCAGAUCAUCCGCAUGAGACAGGGGCUUGUAUGCUAGUGUGCUCAGUGCUGCGCCUCCGCAACGCCCAGCUGCUGCAUCCAGGGAGAGCGCUGUGAUUACAGGAGUGUUAACCUUCGUGAGCUUUAUCUGAUUGUGAUGUUCUUAACUGUAAAAAAAAAAAAAAACAAAAACAAAACAAAAAAACAAAAAACAAACCCCCCCAAAAACAAAACAAAAAACCCCCCUAAGAAAUAUUUAUUCCAAGUAGGAAGCAGAUGUGAGGUGGCUGGAAUCCAUUUACUCCUUGUAAAAUAGAACAAUAGGAUAAAUGAAGUUCAAAUCAGACGCUUCAGAUACGUGGACUCUGAAUGUAUUUUACUAUUGGUGUAUGAGCUGGCAGUCAAAAUGAUGACAUGGCAAGUAGUUUUUUUUUAAUGUCGGAUUGACCAGUCUAAAACCCGCAUCCCAAAACUUCAGCUUGAUCCUAUUGUUAAUUGACAAAGUGUGAAUGAAGAUCUAAGGCUAAACUGAAGUGACCUUGGCUGAAAUACUGCGGCUAUUUGUGUUUUUCUUCUUGUUAAAAAGUGUGUUUUCUUUUUCUUUUUUUGCCGGUCAUAUUAAUUGACCAAGACUAGUUUCAAUGCGGUGUGUCGACUACAUAACAAGACUGAUGGUGUCAAAGUCUACAUGGUAACUUGGCUGGCCAAGUUGCAUUUGCUAUUUAAGUAAUUUUUAAGACUUGGUGCCUUUUUGCUUUUUACUAGAGGUACAAAGACCAGGUUCUUUCCUAUCAAACAUUAACUUGUAUGACUUUUUUUUUUACAAGAGCUAUUUUUUCAUUAAUGCUUUAUAACUCUGAUUACUAGGCUAAGCAACAGCAGGACUGGAGUAGAUCACAAUGGUAGAACAGCGUUGCAACCUCAAAUGCUGCAGUGAGAUUUGUAUGUUUUUAUAAUCAUUUCAUACUUCAGCAUGCAUAAGAUGGUGGACGUAGACCAGGGGUGGGCAAAGCCUGGCCCGCAGGCCGGAUUGGACCUGCAGCAGACUCCAUUUCCCAGCAUCCCCCUGCCUGCAUUGCUGCAGCCAGUUUCCAUGGAGACCCCAGCAGCAGUGAUGCCGGGCUGGGGUUUCCAUGGAGACCGGCUCCAGCGGCGCUGGCAGGGUGUGCAGCUGGGCAGGGAGCUGCUCCGGGGCCGGGGCUGGGAUCUUGCAGCUCUGCCUCGGGUCUGGCCCAUGCUGUCAGCACCGCAAGAUCCCAGCCCCAGUGCGGCUCCCUGCCCAGUGCCAGCGCUGCUGGGAAACCGGCUGCAGCGACGCAGGCAGGGGCUGCUGGAAAAACGGAGUCUGCCGCGGACCCAGUCUGGCCCGCAGGCCAGAUGUUGCUCACCCCUGACGUAGACUAACUCUGGAUAAAUUUGUCCAUCCAUACUUCAAGUGUCACAUGGUCAGCCCUUUUCUAGCAAAGUUUUAAGACGUCUGUUUUUUAUUAACCGUGUAAAUUAUGGACUGUAAUCAAUUCUUGAUUAUUUAUGGGGAAGCUGCAAAUAGUAACAUUCAUACCAUAAGAAAUCUAACUGGUUUGGGAUUUACAUGUUAAGCAAGGUGGGGCUUCAUCUUUCAGUGCAAUAAUACCAAAGGAUAAAGCAUCUAAAUGCAAGUUUAGCAAAAGAAACAUCCAGCAGUUGGGAACGGUU